GUGACGGACAAGCACAGCAAGUCGUUCGGCCGUGGCAAGCAGCAGAUGACAACGGGCGGGAGGAAGAUGUCCCGCGACGAAUACGACGAGCUGUCUGGCGCCAUGGACCGCAUGCAGAUGGCGGGAUGCACGACAUGGGCUUGGCGCUGUGCGACGACGACGACGGUCAUGGCCCGGGCCAUGGCGCUGCCGGUCGCGGCGACGGAGCAGGGCGGGGCCGCUGCGCUGGUCGCGGCCGCG